CAUCCUGUUUCACCGCAAACAUCGCCGACGCAAGCCUUGUUCUCCACGGCAAUCGACUCCGCUUGGUCGAAUUACAUACAGAGGAGACCACUCUCGAGGUCAUCAGACCUAAUCUCGUUCUAGGACGGCCGUCCCGACUUGGGCCUGGCCGUGGCUCGUGGCAGCCUCAUGGAGGUAGACCGCACAAUCGAAAUCCGAGGGGAAGAGAGGGUAGUGAGACAGCAGCGGAAGAACCACAUCCGCGGGAUACUGCUAAUCAGCCAGCUGUUGAGAAAGGGUACCACCGAGGCAGCUGGAAAACCUGUGCAAUCUGUGGUUGCUGAUGAAGUUGAGCUCCUCGAAAAGGGUAGAGAGCACGUUGAAGGCAUCCGAGAGAGAGCAUCGAAACGCGGGAAACGACAGCCUGCUGCUGCUGCUGCUGCUUCAUCUGCUGCGGCGAAGAAGGCGAAGCGCAAGGGGGCGGACGCAGCUCUCUCCGACCCUCUAGCAUUGGCUCAUGAUGGCGGGACCAGAAGCGGUGCUACCCCAGAGACUUCGAGGGAGGAAGCGGCACAACGCACGCGUCACUCCCUCGCAGCUGCCGCUCGUGAUGCUGCGUAUGGCGUUGGUCGAAGUACAUUCACGGCUGUGCCUAAUGGAUAUUGGCGGUACACGGCAAUCGUGGGUGCUGCAUGCGGACGUAGCGCGGUUCGCACGAGGCAUCGGCCCUAUCUCCGACGCAAACUACACAUGGUCCACAAGAUGAAACUGUCGGGCGCUCAAUAUCUAGUGCUGUCCCCCCCCGCCCUGCUGCCCCUUCUGCUUUCUUUGAGGGCCAUGCCGUCGUACAACCGAGAUUUGAAGCCGUUCGCCGGAGAGGAGAGCAUCAAUGAAUUGCCCCGAUGCAGGACCCCGUCUUCCUUCCUACGUUGCAAGCUGACACGGACUCUCCUUUCUCGGCCUUCUUUCACCAAGCUCUCUUUGGUGGUGACGUUUGGCCAUGCCCGGGCGCCGCCAUCGCCUCCACCUGUGAAAGAAAUAUCGAGAAGCAGUUCUGUCUCAGGGGAUGGUGGCUGGAGGUUGCCGCGGAGCUGA